UAGGAUACUGAUAACUGACCUGAGCUACCUGCACCCUAUACAUGAAUGCACCUUUAGUUAUGCAUUUACUAAAUGCCAGUUCUAGAGAGGUUAUGUGUAGCAUUAACUCUGUAGCGUGGGUCAGUCUGGUCUUCAGUGAUGUAACCGUGUGUUCUUUUUUCUCUGCAGCUGCUCUCAGCACAGACCCCACUGUUCUGGGCAAAUACAGAGCUGGAUUCAGCGAGUGCAUGAACGAAGUCACUCGAUUCCUGUCCACUUGUGAAGGAGUCAACGCCGACGUCCGGACCCGUCUCCUGGGACAUCUGGCAAACUGCAUAAAUCAGAUCAAUGCCAUGAAUUACCCAGCCCAGCCCCAGAUUCCGGCUGCUGUUGCCAACCCUCACCCUGCGUUUGGCCAGCCACUGGUUCAGCUUCCUGCAAACGGCCCACAGGGCAGUCCUGCUCCCAUGGGUGGGGUUCCCUGCAAGAUGGGUGGCCCGCCAGUAGAAGCUGCCAAGGUCUAUGGAGGCUUUCAGCUAGUGCCAGCCUCAGAUGGACAAUUCGCCUUCCUGAUCACCAAUCCAGCCUUCCCACACAGUGGGCCUGUCAUUCCUGUCUACACCAACUCCAGUGUGAGCAAUGGAGUGCCAGCUGCCAUGUCCCCCUCUGGCAUGCCAUCGGUCACUUCAGACUCUGUAUGGAGACCCUGGUAACUGGACUGCAUUAGGGACUGUACUGGACAACUUUCAUUUAGAAAGAUGAUUAGUUACAAAUAGGAAACUCUCUUUUUGUAGCAAGAAUGCACUAUUAUGUUUGUAAAUAGCAGAUAUUCAUAUUGAAUGUAUUGUUGUAUAAUAAGAUUGCAACUUAUUUCGAUUAUGUACGAAAUUAUUAUGAUGCCAAAGACAUACAAAUGUGCUCUUAAACAUUUCUUCCUAUUUUGGAAGUUUUACUUGUAAUUAAUAAAACUGCAUAUUGUAUUAUUUUGAA